AUGUCAUCACCAAACAGCAGUCAACCAUCAAUAACAAAUAACACUUCUCAAUCAUCGGCAUCCUCGGAGCAAACAAGCCUUUCUUCAAUGUUCAUAUUUGAUAGUAUUAGGAGGAAUGAUUUUGAACAAGUAAAACUCUUCAUUCAACAAAAUCCAUCACUACUACUUGUUUGUGAUGAGAAUAAUAAUCUACCUGUUCAUAUUGCUUGUAAAUGUAGUCAUGAGAAGAUAGCCUUGUUUCUUCUAGAUAGAAUAUCAACACAAUCUUCAACACAACAAUUAAUUGAAAUUAUACAGAAGGAGAAUAAUGAGAAACAAUCACCAAUUACAUUGGCCAAUCCAAAAUUAAGAGGAAUGAUCAAGGCUUCAAUUGAAAUUUCCAAAAUGAAGAAAUUACUGAUGGAAAAGUAUGAAAACAAAAAGCAACUUGUACCAACAACAAUAAACUGA